AUGGAUUCUUAAGACAAAGGCACUCUUUAAACUCAUGAAUAAGCAUAGUUUAAAGAUAUUAACUCUUCUAAUUCUCUGGAUGAAAAAAAGCAAGAAGAGACAACUAAUACUGAUUAGGAUACACAGGAAACUUAUAAUGAUAACUCUAAAGCAUUUCCUGAAGGAAUGCAGUUGAAUUCAUUUCACAAUGAUUAUAGAUAUAACUAUCAUCCAUAUAAUUUGUAUUUAACUCCAAUUACUGAAGAAAUAGAUCAUGAAAAGACCAUAGUAGGAUUAAAAGAAUAAAAUAAAAAAUUAACAGAUUAACUGAGAUUUCUAAACAAAAAACUUACUGAUAUAUUAGACAAGUAAUAAAAAAAGGUACAGGCCAAAUAGGAGCUAGAAUAAAAGUCUAAGGAUAUAACAAUCGUACAGAAAGAAUUGGAAAAUGCGUACAAAAAAAUAGAAUAUUUGUAAAAGCAGAAUAAAUUUUUAUAAUAGAAAUUAGAAAAGCUCUCUCCCUCCAUGAUAUAAAAUUUAGAAGUGUAGCUGAAAGAAAGGGAGUAACUUAUACAAAAGUAAUAAGAUGAAAUAAAAGCUUUUGAGAACAUAAAGAGAAUGCUUGAAAAAAAUAAUAGUUUAGAGUCAAAACAAAUAGAUGUCAUUACAAAGAUUGACGAUCAAGAAAAAAAGAUUGUUUGCUAAAACUCAGAGAUAAAGAAGCUUAAGUCUUUGUUAGAUAAUUAGUAGAAAUAGAUGCUUAAAAAACAAGAAUAUCAGGUUGAUUUAGAGUAGAAAUUUAGAGAAAUUUGUGAAUAUUUAGGAAUUUCAUCAAGCACCAAAUAAAAUUUAAAAGAAGAAUUACAAAAAAUCCAUAUAUCCAAAAAAGUAGAAUCGAACCCAUAAAAUGUUUUAACAGAAAUAAAUAAAAAUUCAUAAGAUAAUUCAUAAAAUAUUUAAUCUCCUCAUAAAAAAGUUAACUAUAAGCAAUAUGAAAUAUAAAUUAAAGAACUUAAUGCAGCUGUCAAAUUGAAAGAUAAAGAAAUAAGCUAAUUAAAAUUAUAAAUCUAAGAAUUAAAACAUCUUCCUAGAUAAGAAAAUUAACCUAUUAUUUAACAUAAAAGAGUAAAUAAAUCUAUUUCAGUCAUUAAAUCUUAAGGAUUACUAAAUUUAUAACCAAUCAGCAAUAUCGAAAAAACUUAAGAUAACAGUUUAACUGAAAAAAGAGAUAAAAAAUAAAAUAUCAUAUCAAAAGAUAUCUCAUUUUAACAUUAGAAGGAAAAUUAAGAUCCUAACAUAAUUAGGCUAAGUUCUGCUAAGGUAAACUCUAAUUAAAGCUAAGCAUAGUUACUACCAUUAAAAGAGGAGAAAUAAAGAAUAAAGAAAGAAAUUAUGGGAAAAUAGCAUGGCUGUACUAGAAGUAUAACUGAUAGAAAUAUCUUGAAAGAAUAACUUCAUUCAAAAAUAAUAAAAGUGAUUGUUUGGACAAACAAAAGGACUAUUAAUGGUGUUCAGUUUUUUUAUAAGGUGAACGAAAAUAUAGUAGAAGGACAAAAGAUGGUAGUUGACAAUAAAAACGAGUAUAAUCAAGUUGUUUUUGAUUUUAAUAAUAAAACAGAUAGCAAUAAUAGCAACAGUAAUAAAUAGCUAUAAGUAGACUAUCUGAAAUAAGUAGAGUGUAUGAUGUCUUCUUAAGGAUAUAUUGAUAAAUUAAAAUUUAUUUCAGCAACAGGAAAAGUUUAUGAAGCUGGAGCAUAAUCAAAUCAGGGUAAAAUUGUUUAAAAGUUCAAUUUAGAUUAGUGUGAGUAUCCUGUUUGUUCGUUUGGUGGGUUGAUUACUUUUGUAGGUGAAAAAGAAUAAGAAGUAGGUAGUAUUCUAUCUUUUUUAGGAUUUGAAGUAAUGGUUGACAGAUAAGUGUUAUAAAGAUCAAAUUCACAAUAUAUUCCUAAAGGAUUCUCCACCUUUUAUUUUGAUAAAGAAUAAUUUAAAUAGCUAUUAAAUGUAUAAAAACAAUGA